AUGUCAAAAAGCUAUUGGCCAUCAUUUGCCCUUAAACUAGGUUUAGAGCAGAAGACAACCUUACUUGAAAAGGACGAUGUAUUGAAUAAUGAUGAUCAACAACAACUAAGAAAACAGAUUAGACGAGUGUGGGAUGAAUUUGGGUUUAUUAAAGAAUCAUCUGCUGAUGGAGAAUAUACUGUGACAAAACGUGGCCGUCCUCUCUUUGAUACGAAUAGUGUUAUCCAUGAUCGAACUAUUUAUUGGUUGCAAAAUAAAUUCAUUUCCGGUUGGCUACCAAGUUUACGGGAUCAGCAUACAAUAUAUGCGAAUACUGAUUACUUCUCUGAUAUUGCCGAAGAUCCUAAACUUGUAAGUUUAACCCAAAGAGUACUCAAUUCCUAUGCUAAGCAAGAUUGGCACGGAAUUUCAUCUGUACUUCCUGCUGAACUAUUUCAGUCAUCAACUAUUGCUGAUCUUGGUGGUGGUGUUGGCGCUUUAUUAUCUGAAUUAUCAAAGCAUUGUUCUAAUCAACGAUUAGUCUGUAUCGAUCGUCCAGAAGUUAUUACUUUGGCAGAACCUCAUGAAAAAAUUGUGUUUCAAAAUGGAGAUCUCUUUUCUGGUCCAUUGCCUUCGGCUGAUUUUUAUCUCUUAUCGCGUGUUCUGCACGACUGGCCGGAUGACCAAGUAAAACAAAUUUUGAAUCGUAUUCCAUCGAAACAUUUGUGUGUCAUCGAACGUGAAGUUGAUGCAAAUCGCAAUCAUCAUGCUCUUCUAUCUUUACAUAUGUUUUUAUUGCACAAAGCGAGGGAAAGGACUCGACAAGAAUGGGAUGAUCUUUUUACAUCAACAGGCUGGUCCGUUCAAUCGCGUACGCCGUUCUCAGAUCAUUUAGUUACUGUUUUAAAGAAAGAUACAAUCAAUACUCAUAUGCCAACGUUCUCAUUUAAAUCUGCUAAUAAAACUAUUCGUAAAGUUGUUCUACCUGCAGCUGGACUUGGCACGCGAAUGCGUCCACAAAGUGCAAUCAUACCUAAAGUAUUUCUGCCUAUUACUCAAUGCAAUUCAACGAGAUGGAGUUGCCGUCCGGCACUCGAUCUUUUGCUUGAAGAGGUAUUUGCCAAAGGAACUGAUAUCGAACAAGUUCUACUCGUUACCGCACCUGAACAAUUACAUCUAUUUCAGUCUUAUCUUUCAUCUUAUCCGCGCGAUAAAGUUGAUUAUGUUUUACAACAAUCCCCCAAAGGAUUCGGUCAUGCUGUUCUUCAAGCUGAAUCAUAUAUUAAUGGUGAACCAUUUGUUGUGAUCUUAAGUGAUCAUCUUUACCAAUCAAACAACACCGAUCAGUCAUGUUUAAGACAAUUACUUACUGCGUAUCGACAGAACGUUCUCGAACCAUUCUGCGUUGGUCUCACAGGUGUUAUGUCGUGUACCGCUGACAAGGUUUCCAACACUGGCCUAUUGCAAUCAGAUUCUUCAGUAAAGAAUAAACGCUUUUUUCGAGUCACAGAUAUGAUAGAAAAACCUUCGAUCGACAUCGCAAUGAAUCGUUUUCAAACUCAAUUAGCUUACAAUUCCUUCCUGUGUCAAGCGGGAAUGGAUAUUCUUCCACCGACAAUCUUUCAGUAUCUUCGGCAACAUCAACAAAAGUUAGAACAAGAAACAAAAUCAGCUGAACUUGGCUUACGCGAAUCGAUGAACACUCUUCGACAGAACGGGCAAUUAUAUGGUUGUAUAUUAGAUGGUCAACGGUAUGAUAUCGGUGAUCCAAAAGAAUAUUAUCAGACAUUUCGUGCAUUUGCUAUUGAUAAAAAGGAACAACCGUGUCAGAAAUCUCCUAUUUCAAACGUAUGGUCAAUAGUACAACGGAUUCACAAAGUACGAAUGGUGUUUGCUACGUCAAACGCACCAAUAUAUAGUGCAAGUGCUCCCGGUCGAUUAGAUCUCAUGGGUUUUGCGGAUUACUCAGGUUCACAUGUUCUUCAAUAUCCUAUUGCACAACGUACAUAUGUUUUCAUUCAGCCUUCCAAUACAGGUGCCAUAGAUCUGACUAGCAUUCAAGCAGAUAGUAUCAAUGUUGAAUCAGGCGAUCAGAAUAAAUUAACGAUAUGGAAUCGUGAGAUUCCAAUGAAGUUACUUUUUGACCAUCAAAAUCAAUCCUUACGUACACGAUUAGAAACAUGGUAUGAUCAAGGAGAAGGAACUCCCGUUUCACAGGAUGAACCAAUCAAUUGGCCAAGUUAUGUGAUUGGUAUUUUAGCUGAACUGAUUAAGAAAAGCGACAAAACACGUAUUCCAGUUGGUUUCAAUAUUGUUGUCGUCUCUGAUGUACCAUGCAAUAAAGGUGUAGCCUCAUCUGCAGCUCUCGAAGUUGCUGUGGCAAGUGCAGCAAGUACAUGCCUCAAUCUCGACCAUUGUAUGUCGAAAACUGAACUAGCUUUACUUUGUCAAUAUGUAGAAAAUCAUAUUGUCGGUAGUGCGUGUGGGUUUAUGGAUCAAAUGGCUUGCGUUCAUGCUCGUGCUGAUCAUCUAUUAUCACUUGAGUGUCAACAUUUACCCAAUCCACCAUUCCACAAUGUAACACUACCAUCCAGUAUUCAAUUAUUCGGUAUAGAUUCCGGUGUGAAACGAUCAACAGCUGGCUCAGCGUAUCGCCGAGUACGCACAGCUACUUUUAUGGGUAAACAACUGUUAAAUCUCCCAGAUGAUUAUCAUCAUCUAUGUCAAAUGGCCCUUUCGAGAUUUAAUAAUCAAUACCGAUUACAGUUACCAGAAAAACUGAUUGGCAAAGAGUUCCAGUCGUCAUUGCAUCUUGAUUCACUAAGUAAAAUAGACUCAAAUGAAAUUUAUCCAAUACGCGCUGCUACGGCUCAUCCAAUUGAAGAAAAUUUUCGAGUACAACUUUUUGAACAAUUACUGGCCGAUCAUCAUGAGCCAUCUUCUCAAACUCUUGCUAAUCUUGGCGAAUUAAUGUUUCAAGCCGAUGCUAGUUACCGAGCAUGCGAUCUGGCUAGUGAUGAAACAAAUUUACUUGUAGAUUUGGUACGACAACGAUCAUCAGCGAAUAUCUUAUUUGGAGCUAAAAUUACAGGGGGCGGCGGUGGUGGAACAGUUGUUGUACUCGCUCACAGAUCAUCCGAAGCACUCGAAGCUGUGCACGAUGUCGCUAGACAAUAUGAGAAUAUGACUAAACGGCAAACUCGUAUUUUUUCAGGAUCAUCCUCAGGUCUUGUCACAUAUCCUUCGAUUGAAGUAUAA